UAGAGUGCGUAGUUUCAACGACACAAACAGAGGCCGUGGGGCUACGUAACAAUAGUUUUUUUUUUUUUUAAAAAAAAUCAUCUCUUUCCUCUGCGAUGCGGAUGCGAAUGCGAAUAUCGUCAUUUCUGCAAACCUUUCAUCACGCUCUCUAUAUCUCUCUCUAAUGCACAGGCUCUCCGAUCUGGGAAACAGGCUAAACAAUGGUGAUUAAACCCUAAAAUUUCAAACUGCUUGGUCUCUGGUCCCUUUCUCCCGGUCUCUCUGCUUCUCCGAUCCAGGUAGCUCCUAUUGUACCAUAAUAAAAACCCUAGUUUUUGAGCUUCAUAGAUUAGAGCAGAACCCUAGAAUUUGUUUCAUUGGAUCUCUUUUGGGACUUUCCUAUGUCAAGAAUUUGAUAAUCGUUUUUCAUAAUCGAGCGUUUAAUGGCGUGGGCUGCGAGAUUCGGUUUCUGAUUGGAAGAAAGAAGUGAUUCAUUGUACAUAUCUUGCAUUUUCAGUAUCAAUUUUGGAGAGAAUGAUCGCGUUUCAUUUUGGCAAUUUUACGAUGAGAGUUUAAGGAUAUUGAACCGGUAUUUCUGGCGGGAGUUAUUGUGCAUUGAGCUGGAUCAGAGGAUAGACUUGGCUUGGCGUCAGCUGAUAGUUGGCUUUUUUACUUGAUUCAUGCCGUUUAUCUAAUUUUCGUCUUCAAAGGUUGAAGCUGGCGGGAGUUGUUGUGCAUUGAGCUGGAUCAGAGGAUGGACUUGGCUUGACAUCAGCUGAUAGUUGGGUUUUUUUCUUGAUUCAUGCCGUUUAUCUAAUUUUCGUCUUAAAGGGUUGAAGCUGAGCAAUAGUUAGCGGAUUGCUCGCCCUAAAACAGCCAAAUUUGAUCAGUUUGCCAUGCGAGAUUAGGAUAAGCAACAGUGUUGUACAGAAUAUUUUGAAGAUAGGAGUGCUUCUAUUUUUUGGCUGGUGCCAGGAUGUACGGAUAUUGUUUAGCUUUAGCGGACGCCGGAGUUAGUAUUCGAGUUAACAUGUGUGACUAGUGGGUUCUGUGUCAAGGAACUAUUCUGAUCGCUUCGUGUUUAGUUGUUAAAAUUAAAUAUCAGCAAAAAUGAGUUCAGAAAACGAAGAGCAACACGUAUUGAAUAAGCACACUGAAGCAAGACAUGAAUCCGAAAAGAAGUUAAGAUUUUCUUAUACAAGAGACUUUUUAUUAUCGUUGAGGGAAUUGGAUGUUUGCAAGAAUUGGCCAAGUGGCUUCGACCCAUUGCUUCUAAGUGAAUUUGAGGAUGCCUCACAGGAUCGAUUCAGGACUUCUGGCAGCUUAACAUCCCAAAGUUAUAGACGUACUGAAUAUGGUUCAUCACCACCCACUAGAGGGGAUAUGGGCAAUUAUUCCCGGGGAAUUCAUGGAAGGUGGGAUAGUCGUUCCUCUGGAAGGGGUGAUCGUGAUAGUGACUCCCAAUCUGAUUGGGAUUCAGAUUCUGGAAAGCGUCAUGGCAAUCAAUCUCGGCGACCUUGGCAAGUUCCUGAGCAUGAUGGACUCCUUGGAAGUGGUUCUUUCCCAAGGCCCUCUGGAUAUACUGCAGGGCCGUCAGCUCCAAAGCUUCGAGCUAAUGAUAAUUACCAGCUCAAUAGGAGUAAUGAGCCAUAUCACCCACCUCGUCCUUAUAAGGCAGUGCCUCAUUCCCGUAGGGAUGCUAAUGACUCAUACAACGAUGAAACAUUUGGUUCUUCUGAGUUCACAAGUGAGGAUAGAGCAGAAGAGGAAAGAAAGAGAAGAGCUUCCUUUGAAUUGAUGAGGAAGGAACAACACAAAGCUUUUAAAGAAAAGCAGAAGUUGAAUCCAGAAAAGGGUAAAGAUGACUUCGAUAUUAGUGAGUUGAUGGAGGAUCCAAAAGAUAAGAGAUUUCUUAUUAGAAAAAAUGAAACAGAUGAGCCAGCGACACAGACUCCUUCAAUUGUUGAUUCUGACAAGUCUUCCAUUCCCUCUCCAGCUCCUCUAUCUAGACCUCUUGUGCCCCCAGGGUUUUCAAGCACUAUAUUAGUGGAGAAGAAUGUUGGAAUAAAAUCUUUAAUUCCUCCUGAACCAUCAGAGAUUGGCAACGAACGUGAUGGUAGCCAUUUGGAUGCUAAAGGAAACAGUUUGCUAAGUGGGACUUCUAAUAAUCAAGAGAAGAACCAACCUUUAGAACAGAUUGAUCUGAGUGAGCAGCAGCUUGGUAGUCCAAGUAUUCAAGAUUCAGUUAAAAGCCAGAGUGAAAAGCUUCUGAAAUUGUCAUCAGCAUUGGAUGUUUCUACUGAAGUACAGGUACUUGGCAUGGAUGAUCAGUUUUACAAGAAUUCUAAACUUUCUGAAGCUUUUGAGACCUCAGAGAGUAGCGAGUUCAUAGAGCAUGAUGGUAAGGAUAGGUCAGAGAGUAAAGUUGUAAAGGAAUCCAGUCCAACUCAUUCAACCUCAAUCCUCGACAAACUCUUUGGCAGUGCAUUGACGCUAAAUGGUGUCGUCUCCUCCGGUUUCAUUGAGGAUGUUAAAGCAGAUGACAAGUGGAGCCCUUGCACGGUCCAGUCUUCCAAGUUUGCUCAAUGGUUUCUUGAAGAAGAGAAGAAACCAAUUGAUGGUCUAUCAUCUGGCAGUAACAAUAAACCAGGUGAUGAUCUCUCAUCUGGCAGGCCCAGUGAUCUGCUAUCAUUAAUUGCUGGUGGUGAAAAAAGUGGAUCCCACACAUUUAGUGUUAAGGCUGUGGAGAACACUCCUCCAAGUCCUCCUUUGCAAAGCUCUGGACUUGCAGAUGGGCACAUGACAUCCAAUUCAAUGCCUGUCACUGUUGAAAAUAUUGAUAAGCUGGAUGCAGUUCCAGCAGUACUUACAUGUGAAGACCUGGAACAGUCAAUUCUGUCAGAAAUGACUGAAAGUAGCUCGACAUUGCAGCCGCCUGUGCAAGGCUUGAGUGGUUCUGGGGCAAAGACUGAACAACUGAAAACUGAUAUUGAUGAUCAUGCAUCACAGCACCUUCUUUCAUUGUUACAGAAGGGAACAAACCUAUAUACUGGUUUGGAUAUCGUAUCUUCAGAUACAAAACAAAAUAUGGAAGUUGAGAAUCUGAGCACUAUGCUCUCUAGUUCCAGAGAGAGAGACACUGAGAACACUCCUAAUGCAGGAAAGCUUUUGACUCUUGAAACACUCUUUGGAACUGCUUUUAUGAAGGAACUGCAGCCAGUAGGAAUGCCAACUUCUGGCCAAAGUGGCUCAGUUGGAUCAGUGAAAGUUAGUGUUUUGGAGUCUCCGUUCCCUAUGACGGAUGAUAAUUUCCAUACUUCUGCGGAUGAUAUGACAAUCAGCAUGUCAAGUAAUGGUGGCAUUCUAGCAUCACACCAGAGACAACAGCUGAAACCAGAAAGUGUUCAAGAACAAAUUUUAAGGUUUGAUCAUAAAAAUGAAGUCAACUUGUCACAACGCCAAAUUGAUAUGGGAUCCAAGCUUGGUGGCUUUGAUGGGUCUGUGGACAUUCGACUUCCAGAAGAAGAUAGUUUGAUUACCAGUGACCCUCUCAAUCUCCAGAACUUUAUGCAUGCCAGGAGCUCAUCUAAAGCUGAGUUAUCAUCCAUGCCAGAGACAGCAGUUGACAUUGCUGAAAAACUAACAGCUUUAAAUUCUGUAUACCCUGACGAAAGGUCUAUUAUAGGAGGCCAAGGAGGUGCAGCCUUUUUUCGUGGUCCUUAUGAUAUGAGGGAAUCUGAUGUUCAGUAUCCUAAUAUUCAAGCACAGCCAUCUUCUCCACAGCUUCAUCGCCCUCAGUUCAAUCAUGCGGGGCCAAUGUUCCAUGCAUUAGAUUCUCAUCCUGCCAAUGUUAAUACUCAGAUGAAAUUCAUGGCUCCAGAUAACAUUCAUCUUGAUCCUCCUAAUAAUCAGUUUGCUGCAAAUUUGCUUUCCCCUCCUUUCCACCACCCCAGUACUGGACUGACUAGGUUAGAUCCAAAUCCACAUAAUCCUAUGUUACAACAAAUGCAUAUGCCUGGAAACUUUCCUCCACCCCACCUUCUACGUGGAUUUCCCCGGGGUGCACCUUUGCCUCCACAUCCCAGCAAUCAGGUGCCUGGCGUUAUACAGGAAUCAAACCCAAUGCAAGGUUUUCCUUUUGGUCAAAGGCAGGCCAAUUUUGGUGCCCUUGGAAUUCCAUCACAAGCUCCUGAUGUUGGCGGUGGAACUCAUCAUCCAGAGGUUCUGCAAAGGCUCUUCGAGAUGGAACUCAGGUCUAAAUCCAAGCCAAUUCAUCCUUUUGCAAUGGCUGGCCAUAAUCAGGGAAGAUAUGGGCAUGAGUUAGACAUGAGUUUUGGACAUAGAUAGUAAAUUUCAGCUGUGGUUGUGGUUAUGGUGAUGUAUUUGUGAUCACAUGCUCAAUGGACACCUUGCAUGGGCAGUGCGUAUAGAUGUGCUUGUUGAGGAGGGAUUUACUUCACUUGAGGUUGAUGUAAUUAAUGGCAUUUUACUUGAAAUUGGCAUUGGCAUUCGGUUGGGAUUUCACCUUCCUUUCCCUUGUAUAAUGUAUUUGAACCUAAAAAGCUUGAGAAAUCUUUUAUCC